UUAAGGUGAUGAAAUAAUUUAAUGAUUACAAUUGUGGUCCGAAUUUUGUCAAGUGAAAAUUAUUGUUAAAUAAUUUUUUAAACUGUUUUAAUUAAAAAUCAUUUUGGGUCAUUUUCAAGGCAGAUUACAAGGCAAUCUAUCGAUGAUUAAAACACCAAAGAUCGAAACAAAAACGUCCGAUAAAAUAGUCGAUAAUCCGCAAAUGUAAAAACAAGCCAAAAAAAAAAAAAAGAAAAAAAACAAGCAAAAACAAAAGCUACAUAUACGGACGAAAUUUCAUAUCAAUCCUAUAACAAAUCGUGAUUAUGGCAGAAUCAAUGUGCACGAUGAUGUUACGUUUGAUUUUGCUCUUGGGAAUUUUAACAAGAGGAAUCAAAUCUGUCGAUCUAGCGUAUAAAGAAUGGUGGGAAACAACACUCGUAUAUCAAAUUUGGCCAAGAGGAUUUCAAGAUAGCAAUGGCGAUGGUGAAGGUGAUUUGAAAGGGAUAAUUAAUAAGCUUGAUUAUAUUAAAGAACUUGGAGUUGAGACAAUAUGGCUUAAUCCAAUCUAUAGAUCUCCUUUGGUAGACAGUGGAUAUGAUGUUUCUGAUCAUAAAGAUUUAAAUCCUUUAUUUGGAAAAUUUGAAGAUUUUGAUGAGUUGAUAAGAAAAGCACAUGACCUAGGAUUAAAGGUUAUUCUAGACAUAAUACCAAAUCAUUCUAGCGUCGACCAUCCAUGGUUUAUUUUAUCUGUAAAUAAUCGCGAAGGUUAUGAAGAUUAUUAUAUUUGGUCAGAUGGAAAAGAAGAUAAAGAAGGUAACAAGAUACCACCUAAUAAUUGGGUAAGCACGUAUAAUAAAGAUAAAGAAGGAUCUGCAUGGACUUGGCAUAAUAUUAAAAAGCAAUGGUAUUAUCAUAAAUUUCAUGAGAAACAACCAGAUCUUAAUUUACGAAAUAAAAAUGUCAUUGAGGAAAUACUGGAUAUUUUCAAAUUUUGGUUAGAAAAAGGUGUAGAUGGUUUUCAUAUAGAUUCAGUACCAUAUUUUUUUGAAGAUGAACAAUUACGAAAUGAACCGUCUGUGGGAAGUGGUAAUUAUACUUUUGGACUUGAAGAAAGUACCGAGCUUCUUUAUGUAUUUCGUGCCUAUAUCAACAAUUGGAUAGAAAUAAAUAAUGCAUCUUCAAAAUUGUUAAUAGCAGAAUCAUAUGAUUCUGAUUAUAAACUUAUAGCUUAUUAUGGUAAUGCUACACACGAAGGAAUUGAGCCUACUAAUGUACGCUUCAUCAAUCCUAUUCACAAUAAAACAGAUGCUAGUUAUAUUAAAAAUGUAAUAGACGAAUGGUAUCAACUUCUACCAGAAAAUACAACUACUAAUUGGAUGCUAAGUAAUCAUGAUUUCUCGAGAGUACCGUCAAGAAUUGGAUUAAAUCGAGUCGAUGGACUUCAUAUGCUUAGUUUACUUCUACCUGGACAAGCAUAUACAUAUUAUGGCGAAGAAAUAGCAAUGUUAGAUUCCAAAAUUUCGUGGGAUAGAACGAUUGAUCCAAUGGGUUGCGGUCAAACAUCAGACACAUAUGAAAAUUUUUCUCGAGAUCCAGCUAGAACACCCAUGCAAUGGAAUAACAAAUUAUCCGCUGGUUUUUCUACAAAUGAAACUACAUAUCUUCCUGUGCAUCCUGACUAUGUCACUAGAAAUGUGGAAUAUCAAAAAGCACAAGAACACAGCAAUUUAAAAACUUAUAAAAAAUUAGCUGAACUUAGAAAACAACCAGUUUUUACUCACGGAGACUAUGAACUUAAAUCAACUAAUAACAACAACGUACUUAUUUUAAAACGAUCGUUGCAAGAUCAUCCUAUAUAUAUAAUUAUUGUGAACCUGUGGAUUCAUCGAGAACAAAUAAAUCUGACAUCUUUAUAUCCAGAUUUAAAUGACAAUUUAGAAAUUGUAGUAUAUUCGAGCAACGCCAUAUAUACUACAAAUACUGUACCAAAAAGCAAUUUUAUUCUUACGGCAAAUGCUGCUUUAGUAUUAAAAGGAAAAUUGAAUAAAAGUACAACUUUACCUCCUACUUCAACUGUACCUGCCACAUCUACUAAAAGUACAACAGACAAUACAAAUUCCAGUCCUACAGAUACAACUAUAUCAAGUAUUAAACCCAGCGAUAAAACAACAUCUUCUACGACUAAUAAAUCAGAAACGCCACCGACGAAUAGUACAGAAAGCACGACUGAAAAAUCAGGAACACCAUCGACAGAGAGUACAAUAAGUACAACGACUAAUAAAUCAGAAACGCCACCGACGAAUAGUACAGAAACCACAACUCAAAAAUCAGGAACACCAUCGACAAAGAGUAUAAGUACAACGACUGAAAAACCAGAAACGUCAACUACAAAUAGUCCAAAAACCACGGCGACUGAUAAACCAGAAACGCCAGAUAUAAAUAGUCCAAAAACCACGACGACUGAAAAACCAAAAACAACAACAGACUCAAAUAACUAUUCAGGAUUAACCACCACUUCUUCGUUUAACUUUAUAUUAAUCACAACAUUGACUGUUAUAAUAUUUCCCGAGUUUUUAAUUUUCUUAUAUAAUAAUAUUUAAAUAAAAUCAAAUCACAUAUAUAAAAUAUAUUAUUUUAUUAU